AUGGAGCCGCGAGCGGGACUCACGAGGACGGACACCGCGCGGGCUCUGCUCCUCGGGCUCGUGCUCGUUUAUCAAGCUUGUUUAUCGUGGGGAGCAGAGAGAGUCAAUCUGCAACAAGAGAUCAACAAUGGAAGUCUGGGGACAAAAGCGGAGAAAUGGGACACCACGGCCCUCGGAGACCAGUCACUGCACGGCACACGCGGCCAAAACGCAACACGAGACGUUUUAUCGAAGUGGCGCCAAAGCGAGACGGAGAACGCCAAUCAGACGCUGCAUCACGACUCCUGGGACCAAUCGGGCGGCUUCGAGGAGGAGGAGGAGGGCGGGACGAACUCUACGGUUUUGAGGCGACAGUUUAAAGAAGCUCUGAACACCAACUCCAGAAGACGGUCACCUGGCCCGUGUCGCUUCGCCUGUCUGAACGGAGGCCAGUGCGUGAACUCAGAGUCGUGUGAUUGCAGUCUGUACCAGGCCACGGGACACAGGUGUCAGACAGUGCCGAACCAGGGCUUUGAGCGGGAGAUGACCUGCAGGAGCUGGGGCCAGUACAACUUUGAGACUUUCGAUGGACUUUACUUCCACUUCCCUGGACGCUGCACCUACACCCUCCUCCGAGACUGUGAGGAGGGCCCUGGAGUCACUGUGCAGGUUCAUAAUGAUCCAGACUGUGGCUCGUCCUACAGCUGCCGUCGCUCCGUCAGUCUGUUCAUGAACUGGGACGGAGAGAUCAGGCUCAACGCUCACAACGUCACUUUUAAAGGAGAACGACUGGAGCUCCCUCACCACAUCCACGACCUGAUGCUGGAGCAGAUCUCAGAUUACGUGUUGGCGACGCAGCACGGCUUCACUCUGGCCUGGGACGGACUCCGAGGCUCCGUCUACAUCAAACUCAGCCCCGAGUACGUGAGCCGCACCUGUGGGCUCUGCGGGAACUUCAACGCCGACGCGCAGGACGAUCUACGCACCAGCUACGGCGUGCCCACGGAGGAGAUCGAGAUGUUCGGGAACAGUUGGCAGGAGGUGGAGCCAGACGAGUCCAGGUGUCCCAUCGUGUCUCCAGGAUUCACCUCCCCCUGCUCUGGAGUCCCGGACCAUGUACUGCAGGCAAUCCAUGAGGUGUGCUCUCUUCUGCUGGAGCCUCCGUUCUCAGACUGUCAUGAGUUUGUGAGUCCUCUGUCCUACAUGGCCUCCUGCACCAACGACCUCUGCCUGUCUGGUCCUGUGGAUGAGAUGUUGUGUUUGGUGCUGAGUGAAUACGCUCGAGCCUGUGCCCACGCAGACCACCCCCUGCACCACUGGAGACAGACCUUCCCUCUCUGUGAGAGGCCCUGUGCCUCAGGUCUUCAGUGGAGAGAGUGCAUCAGCUGCUGCCCUCAGACCUGUCGUCAGGAGAAGAACUGCAUCGACAGCAGACUCGCCUGUGUGGACGGCUGCUACUGCCCAGAAGGCCUGGUUCUUGAGUCUGGGUCGUGUGUGCUUCCGUCUGAAUGUCCCUGUGAACACCACGGCCUGAUGUACCCGUCAGGACACACGCUGGACGACCGCUGCAACUCCUGUACCUGUGUGGGCGGAGUCUGGAACUGCACCGACUACACCUGUCCAGCGGAGUGCUCUGUGACCGGGGACAUGUUUUUCCAGUCGUUCGACGGCAGAGUUUUCUCUUUCGCUUCGACGUGUCAGUACGUCCUGUCCAAGAGCCACAACUCCGGACGCUUCACCGUCACCAUCCAGAACGCCCCCUGUGGAGCCAACUUGGACGGCUCGUGUCUGCAGUCGGUGAGUCUGGUGGUGGACGAGGACCCCAGGACGGAGCUGACCCUGAGCCACGUGGGAGAGGUGUUUCUGGGGGGACAGUACCGCAUCUCCCUGCCCUACUCCGACGAGGUGCUGGAGGUGCAGGAGCUGUCGUCCAUGUUCGUCCAGGUGCAGACGGUCUUCGGGCUCCGGAUCCAGUUCUCCUGGUCCGAGUCCAGACUUUACCUGCAGCUGGACCAGCGCUGGCUCCAGGACACGGUCGGACUGUGCGGGACCUUCAACGGGAACAGCCAGGACGACUUCCUUUCUCCGUCGGGGAUGAUCGAGAGCACUCCUCAGCUCUUCGGAAACAGCUGGAGAGUUUCUUCCGCGUGCGCCGUGAGUCUGAGCGCGCCUCAGAUCGACCCGUGUGACGCGCACCAACAGGCCGUGUCCUACGCGUCAGAGAAGUGUUCGGUCUUGACUCAGGAGUUGUUCGCGUCUUGUCACGAGCACGUCAGUCCAGGUCCGUUCCUUCUCCAGUGUCGCUCUGACGCUUGUAAAUGUGGAGCUCCGUGUUUCUGCUCGUCUUUGGCUCAUUACGCUCGUCACUGUCGCCAACACGGAGUCCUCGUCCACUUCAGAGCUCACAUCCCCGAGUGCGAGGCGACGUGUCCGUACUCGAUGGUCUACGGUCCCUGUGUGUCGUCGUGUCUGCGCCGCUGCUCCACUCUGUCUCUGCCUCACGUGUGUUCAGCUGAGUGUGAGGAGGGAUGUGUGUGUCCAGAGGAAACCUACUACAACCACCGCACCCGCACCUGCGUCCAGAGGAGCGAGUGUCCGUGCAGUUUUCUGGGCGCAGAUUAUGAACCUGGAGACAUGAUCAUGACUUCAGCAGGUGUUCAGUUGUGUGUGGACGGGAAACUGGUCUCUCAAAGUCCAGCGAGUGACGGCUUGUGUCCCGUGGGUCAGAUCUACCUGAACUGUUCCGACGCAGGAGUGAUGUCACAGAGGGGCGUGGCCUGUGAGCGCACCUGUGAGUCGUACCUGCUGAACCUCACCUGCUCCUCCCACGAGCCCUGUGUGUCCGGCUGCAUCUGCCCCCCCGGGCUGCUGAAACAUGGAGACGAGUGCUUUGAGCCUCAGGCCUGUCCCUGCCUGUGGAAGGGAAAAGAGUAUUUCCCCGGCGACCGCGUCUCCUCCCCGUGUCACCACUGCGUCUGUCAGCACGGGACGUUCCAGUGUGUGUUCAGACCCUGUGCCUCCAUGUGCUCGGCCUACGGAGACCGACACUACAGGACCUUUGACGGACUCCUCUACGACUACGUGGGAGUCUGCAGAGUCCACCUGCUCAAGAGCAGAGUGGACACUCCUGUCAGUGUGCUGGUGGAAAACGUGGACUGUUUUAACAGUGGAGUGAUCUGCAGGAAGUCUCUGCUCAUCAGUGUGGGACAGACGCUCAUCGCCUUCGACGACGCCUCCGGGAAACCAAACCCGUCCAGUGUGAUCGACCGCAGACAGAGGGUUUUCCUGUUCUCCGCUGGGAUUUUCUCUGUGGUUCAUUUCCACGAGGAGGACCUGACUGUGCUCUGGGACCGAAAGACCACGGUCCACAUCCAGGCGGGACCACGCUGGCAGGGGAAACUCAGCGGUUUGUGCGGAAACUUCGACCUGAAAACUGUGAACGAGAUGAGAACUCCAGAGAACAUCGAGUCCCCGACGCCCCAGGAGUUUGGCAACAGCUGGACGGCCACCGAGUGCCUGAGCAGUCCCGACGUGAGGCCUCCCUGCUCCGUGUUUCCUCUCAGAGAACCUUUUGCAAAGCGACAGUGCUCCGUCCUCCUCAGCGAAGUGUUCCAGAGCUGCCACCCGGUGGUGGACGUGACGUGGUUUUACAUGAACUGUGUGGCGGACACGUGCUCGUGCAGUCGGGGAGGAGACUGUGAGUGUUUCUGCUCCAGCGUCGCCGCCUACGCCCAACGCUGCUGCCUCCAGGGCGUCUCUGUGGACUGGAGGAGCCCCUCGCUCUGCCCCUAUGACUGUGAAUACUACAACAAAGUCCUGGGUAAAGGUCCGUACAGACUCAUCCCUUUCAGAGACCGGACCUCGGUUCUGGCCUCCAGCCGUUCUCCGGGCUCCGUGUUCCUGGUCCGGGCCAACAGCAGCGAGAGUCAGGGCUUCCUCUCCAAGUUCAUGAUGACUCCAGGACUGAGCCGCUCCAGGCCUCACGACACUUCUCGCGUCUCCUUCGAAGCCGCCGACCGUCCGAACUACUUCCUGUUCGCGAGCCCGAGCGGCGAGGUGAAGCUGUCCAAGUGGCGCGACAGUGAUGCAUUCUGGGAAGGCGCCACGUUCGUGCUGCACAGAGACACGUGGAUCCCGGGCUUCGUUUCGCUGGAGUCUCAGUCCAAACCCGGAUUUUUCCUCCACGCGACGAGACUCAUUCACCUGCUCAAGUACAGACACACGGACAGCUACCGCAAAGCCACGCUCUUCAGGGUCACAGGCCCCAGCGCGGACGCCCCAGUGGGUCCUCAGUGUCAGUGGAGAUACGACUCGUGCUCUGUGCCCUGUUUCAAAACCUGCAGCGACCCCAGAGCCGACUCCUGCACCUCCAUUCCACAAGUGGAGUCCUGUCUGCCUGUGUGUCCCUCUCACAUGGUGCUGGACGAGGUCACUCACCGCUGCGUCCACCUCCAGGACUGUAUUAACCCUCCAGUUGGCUCCGACACCUCUUUUCUCACUUUCCCUUCUCUAAACACCACACUUUCCGGUGUAUCGCCCCCCGAAGUCCAACCUGAGCACUACACCUCCAGAGUGACUGACUCUCCGUCGAGCAGAACCACGACCGGCGCUCCGUACGCCAUCACCGCCUUGUUUUGGUUCACAGACAUCAUGUCCACCACGGCUCUCACCAAACCGGAGCCGACGAAAUCUGCAGAAAUCACCACAAAAACCACCACAAUCACCACCAAACCCGCUGAUUUACAAGCCGUCCAAGGUUACCGCGAAACCAUCGAAAACGACGACGAAAUCGAGCGAUACGAGCACAAAACCGACAAAACCCACGGCAAAACCGACGAAAUCAACCACCAAAUCGACCACGACUUCGACCGCGUCCCGCAUAGAACCUCUCGAACCCACAAAAUCUGCCAUGGGGGCGACGGCGACCACGCGAGAAGCGGCGAAAGUGACGACGAAAGCGGUGGAGACGAGCAUGCAGCCGAGCGCGACCACGAAGGACGCGAGCGGAAUCAGCACGAAGCAAGAGUAGAAAGUACUUCAAAAAUGUCUACUUUGUCGGUAACUACUACGUCUGCUACUGCUACUACUACUACUACUACUACUGCUGCUACUACUACUAGUACUACUACACGGACAUCAGAUCCAUGGCACUCACCUCACGGUACAACAACUGUACAAGUUUCACCAGCGACGAAAUCUUCCCAUAACUACAGAGCCAGAAUCUACUCUCAAAACGACACACAUAAAAGAAACUACUCUCCCUCCAAAGAUCGAAACGUCCGUGAAGCCUCCGAUAGAGAGAACGGAGACGGGCCUGACCACUUCUGCAGAGAGGGCGCCCCCUGCUGUGGGAACGAGCGCAGUGCCGCCGGUGACACAAAGACCCACAGCGACAACAACAACAACAACAACAGCAACGACAGCGGCAGCUCGUCCGGACACAGGCAGAGUGGAGCGCCCACAUCUGGACAAAAACUUGAAACUACGUCCUACGCCACAACUACGACGUCUACGGUUAAAUCUGAUGACAAAACAACGACCAAAAAGGCGGAAAUCGCGAAAACGCCUACGCCUUCGUUCAAACCGCCGACCGAGGCGACGGAGGCGUGGAGCGUCCGUGCGUCGACUGCUGCCUCGACCGUUUCCGUGACGACGGAGACCAGUAAAGUGACGACGAAAGAGAGGGGAGAAGACGAAGAGGAAGCGCCGACGACCACGGCGAAAACCACGCCCAAAGCCACGCCCUCCACCGUUUUAGACACGACGAAAUACACCGAGACGACGGCGGCAGUGAGUUUACAAACGGCCCGCGCGUGUACGCCUCCGUACGCAGAGAUCGUCGACGAAUGCACCAAGUUCAUCUGCGUGAACCAUCAGCUCAUCCUGUUUAACAAAUCCCAGAGCUGCUCGUUCACCUCCGAGCCCCCGAACUGCGGCCUGCUGGGAUUCGCCGUCCUGGUGAACGGAGACAAGUGCUGCCCCCAGUGGGAGUGUCCAUGUCGCUGUUCUCUGUUCCCAGACCUGAGCGUGAUCACGUACGAUGGAAACAGCGUGGCCGUGUUUAAAGCCGCGUCUUACAUCAUCACUCAGCUGGAGACGGAGACGCUGUCCGUGUCCGUGCAGGAGUGUCCCGCAGACUCCAGGUCUCCGCUGCUGUGGAACUUCACUCACUUGUGCCUCGUGGCUCUGAACAUCACUCACAAAUCCAACCACAUCGUCAUCGACCGACUCCAGCGGCGGCUGUACGUGAACUCUCGAUACGCCAAGCCCAGGUUUAAGAAGUUUGGGUUUGAGAUCUACGACACAGGAAACAUGUAUCUGAUCAAGACUCCGGCCGGACUCAGGCUACAGUGGUUCCACUCCACCGGGAUGAUGGUGGUCGACACGGAGGCGCACUACAACAGACUGACCACCAGGGGGCUCUGCGGUUUCUGUGACGGAGACCCGAGUAACGACCUGACUCUGCCCAGCGGCUCCUUCGUGUCCGACAGUGAACAGUUCAUCGAGAGCUGGACCGUCCCCAACACCACGUCGUCCAUCAGCCCCACGCGACGAAGAAACGCCAACUGCACCACCAGCGACUGCUCCCAGUGUCUGAGCAUGAUCCAGGGACACGACUACAGGCCCUGCCACCCUCAUGUUCCUCCCUCUACGUUCUGUGAACUGUGGGUCAGAGACACAGAGUACGUGAACAACCACUGUGUGGCGCUGUCCGCCUACGCCGCCUCCUGCCACAAGUUCAACAUCUGCAUUGAGUGGAGGAAACAGGACCACUGCCCGUUCCUCUGCCCCGACGGUCUCCAGUACCAGUCGUGUCUGCCCGCCUGCUCCGCCUCCUCCUGCCCAAACCAGGACUUCGACUCGGACCCGGACCAGUGCUCGGGUCUCACGGAGGGCUGCGUGUGUCCGGAGGGAACGCUGCUGCACCGACCCUACUCCAAACUCUGCGUGCAGCCGGACAAGUGCGCGUGCACAGACAGCGCCGGGCUUCCUCGCGCUCACGGGGAGGUGUGGAAAUCCUCUCAUGACGCCUGCUGCAUGUACCGCUGCGAGAACGACACCAUCGUCCCAGUGGAGUUCAACUGCUCCACCGCAGCACCACAGUGUCACAGACAGGGGGAGGUAGUGAUCAGCCUGGCCGACCAGGACACCUGCUGCCCUCACAAACUCUGCGUGUGUAAUCAGAGUCUGUGUGAGCUGCCUCCUCCUCUGUGUAACUAUGGAGAGAAGUUGGUGUCUUAUUACAGACAGGACUCGUGCUGCCCUCAGUACUCGUGCGAGUGUGACCCGGAGUUGUGUGAGUCUGUGGUUCCUUCGUGUCGAGACGAUCAAACUCUGAUCUCCACCAGAACCGACGGGAGCUGCUGCCUCGCUCACAUCUGCAUGUGUGCGUCGUGCUCCGAGGCGCCCCCUGUCUGUCAGGAGGGAGAGGUGCUCACUGUGGACUUCAACACGACUGACCGCUGCUGCCCGCCGUACGUCUGUGUGUGUGAGCCCGAGCGCUGUCCUGAGAUCAGCUGCUCUGUCGGGAUGUCCCCAGUCUCCAGCUCUGUCCCAGGACGCUGCUGCCCAAAACAAACAUGCGAAUGCGCCUGUGAGAAGAUCAUCUCUCCAAAGUGUGGCCUGGGAGAGACGACUCAGCUGGACCGAGCCUUCAUGUCCGACCCUCAAAACCAGUGUGACUGUAAAAGAUACAAAUGUGUUCCUGAGCCCGGCUGUAUCUUCCCUGAGCGUGGUCUCCUGCUCCUUCCCGGUCAGAUGUUGGUGGAGCACAGCGACGGAGGCGUUUGUUUCAGUCGUCAGUGCAGCCGCUCCGUCGACUCCAGCUCCGGCCUCAACAUCAUGAGAACCACCACCCACAACUGCUCCACCUCCUGCCUCCCGAAUCAGAUUUAUGUUCCUCCCAAAGACCAGUCGAGCUGCUGCGGCUUCUGCAAAAACAUCUCCUGUUCCUACGAGCACGAGAACGGCACCGUCGCCUUCUACAAGCCCGGCCGCUCGUGGAUGUCCAACUGCACAAAGUACGACUGCGCAGACACGGAGUCCGGCACCACUCUGAUCUCACUGCCCAUCAGCUGCCCGCCCUUCAACGCCUUCGAGUGCCUCCAGAACGGAGGUCAUGUGGUGAGUUACAUGGACGGCUGCUGCAAAACCUGUAACCUCUUGGCUCUGUUGCCUUUCCCCGUUAGCCCCGUGUCUCCCACAGUCAGCUCCAACUGUGAACGAGGUAAAGAAGACGGAAAAUCGUGUCAAAAAGUCACUGUGAGAAUGACCAUCAGGAAAAACAACUGCCGCAGCAACCGACCGGUGAACGUGGUCUCGUGCGACGGGAAGUGUCCCUCCGCCAGCAUCUACAACUACAACAUCAACACGUACGCUCGCUUCUGCAAGUGCUGCAGAGAAACCGGCCUCCAGAGACGCACCGUCCAGCUCUACUGCAGCAACAACUCCACCUGGGUCAACUACGACAUCCAGGAGCCCACCGACUGCUCCUGCCUCUGGUCCUAA